AUGGAGCAUUGCAAAGCAAUCACCCUUAGAAACAGGACUCAGUUGAGUGAUGUUGUUCACGAUGCCGCAAUAAGAGAGGAUAAUACAAGUAACAAUCAAGUAAAUAUCCCAGAACCAUAUGAAAAACAGACAACACUUGAGAAGGGUAAGCAACAAAAUGUUGUGGUAGUACCAGAUCAUGAUGUUCAAUUUAAAAGGUUUUUAGAGGUUUUAAAGCAACUCCAUAUUAACAUACCGCUAGUCAAAGCUUUGGAGCAAAUGCCCAGCUAUGUGAAAUUUAUGAAAGACAUACUGUCCAAGAAGCGCAGAUUAGGAGAAUUUGAUACUGCUGCUCUUAUUAAAGGGUGUACAACAAUGUUGAUGUAUAAGCUACCUCCAAAGUUGAAAGACCCAAGGAGUUUCACUAUCCCAUGUUCCAUUGGAAUGCAUUAUGUUGAUUUUCUUAUUUUAGAAUGUGAAGCUGACCAUGAUGUACCAAUUAUUCUUGGAAGAUUGUUUCUUGCUACUAGCAGGACCCUAAUUGAUGUACAAAAAAGUGAGCUAACCAUGAGAGUGAAUGAUCAACAAGUUACUUUUAACGUGUUUAAUGCAUUAAAAUGCCUGGAUGAGAAUGAGGAAUGUCACACCAUUGGCUUAAUAGAAGGAUUAGUGGACAAAUUCGCAAAAUUUUGCUACAGCAAUUUUGACAAUGAAGAUGAUUUGACGGAACAAGGUGACAAAGUUUUCGAGGAACUCAAGAAGAGACUUGUAGCAGCGUUGAUUGUGGUUGCUCCAAAAUAA